UGUUUGUUUGCUCUCACACACUUUGUUUGUCAUUUAACUGAUUGCUUGACCGCUCGACAUGACUCCUGCCCAAUCCGCGAUAUUGAAGCUGCUGGCCGACUAUGAGCAGGCAAUUGGGCCUUACGAUAUCAAAGACAGCAACUCACUCGUUGCCUUCAGCGCCUACUGCCAGGGUGUUGCGGCCUCAACCCAUACAUCAAACAGACGACCUUUGGGGGAAGUCUCUGUCAACCAGAGUGGUCAUACCACCAAUGAGUUCUUUUGCUCGACUCCCAAACGAUCUCGAACCAAUAGACGCAAGGCCGACACUGUGGACCACAACCAACGUCAGCGAGGCUACCGAGAGGAGCAACAAAGCGACACCGCCCUGCUCUUUGACUUCAAUGAAUUGGCUGAAGAGCUAGCCAGUGCGACUGAGGACUCGGAUGAACACUCUGAAGCCGUCGUCAGAGUUAGGCGAGAGAUUGAGGUUCUACACGAGGAUUUUGUUGAAAGAGGCCGCCGUCUCAAAGGGCCAGGUCUACGAUAUCACCUUGGUGCAGCAUUCUUCCUCAACCUUCCGUUCGAAUAUCUGGACCACAUUCUCAAUCGACUUGAGCCUGAUGGUGGUUCAAAGAAGGAGCUUUCCUCUAAGGAGGUGGCGAAGCUGAAGUACUACCUAGGAAAAGCCAGUUUGUUUCCUGCGAAGACCCCGGAUAUCGUCGAAUGGCAGAAGACGCAUCAGUAUUUGUUUGUACAAAAAGUGAGAGAGUAGUAUAGAGGAGUAUAGAGCAGCAUCCUGUAGUCCUGAAGAGAUCAAGGUGGACUCCUUAUGCUUACACUACAUCUUCCUACAAUCGUCUGAGAGAUGCGAUAUUAGAUCAUGG